CCGCGCUGCACGAACGUGUCGCGCACGGCGUCGCUGCGUCCCGCGCGAGUGCUACGCGUCCAGUGAAGUGCGACAUGAAUCCCCGCUGUGAUCGUAUUCAGUGAUUGACCAGAGUUUGUGUUUUGACGUGAUGUGAUGGCUCCUGUGUACUGAGCUCGGUUACACUUACAUCCUUAAAAUAAGGCGCGCGCGGGCCGGCCGGGCGAGGGCGCACGAUGGGCGCGCGUGCGGGCCGCCGCCACGCGCUCGGCGCCGCGCUGCUGCUCGCCGCGCACCUCAUCAAAGUGCUCUCGUGCGUCGAAGACGUCGAGGGCGGCGAGGGUUCGGAUGGUGGCGAGGGCGCGCGCCUCGUCAAGCGCUACGUUGGGCUGUAUACGGGGCCCUAUUUCGACCCCACGGCGCCGAACAACAUCACCGCCCAGCUAGGCACUCACGCCUAUCUUCCGUGCAAGAUCCGGCAGCUGAGCAACAAGUCGGUAUCGUGGAUCCGGCGCCGCGACGCACACAUCCUCACCGUCGACCGCUUCACCUUCAUCGCCGACGAGCGCUUCCAGGCCUUUCUCGUCGAGGCCACCGACACCUGGACUCUGCAGGUAAAAUACGUGCAGGCGCGCGAUGCCGGGCUCUACGAGUGCCAGGUCGGCACCGAGCCCAAGAUGAGCCACUUCGUGCAGCUCAACGUUGUCGUGCCAAAGAUCGAGAUCGUGGGCGAGGCGGAGCUCUAUGUGAAGGCGGGCAGCACAGUGAGCCUGAAGUGCGUGGUGACGCAGGCGCUGGAGGAGCCCGCCUACAUCUUUUGGUACCACAACGGCGCGCGUGUACUCGACUACGACCGCCGCCUCGUCGACAUCCGCACCGAGCGCCUGCCGCCCGAUACCACGGUGGGAAAUUUAAUAAUUUACAAUCCGCGGAGAGAAGACUCCGGUAAUUACUCGUGCUCGCCCUCCAACCUGGACGCGGCGUCGGUCGUGCUGCACGUGCUCAGCGGCGAGCAACCCGCGGCCAUGCAGCACGGCAACGCGGGCUGGUGCGCGACACCGCCCCGCGCCCCUCUCCUGCUGCUGCUCUCCGCCGCGCUACUGUCCGCCGCACUGCUGCCCGCC